GUUGUUUUUGUUUUCUGCGAGUGAACGGUUCGCGUGGGUGGUGAGCGGAGUGUUUUUUUCUCUCAUGCGGAAAGUCGAACAACAAAGGGAAUAAAAACUUACAAAAAUGCCAACAACUGGCUAAAUUGUGUGAAUAUCAUUUCAGUACUAAUGAAUUUGGAUGAAAUUCAAUUAACUAACGACAUAAUCGAUCCGAAACGCAACAAAUAAAAUACAAUGCCAACUGACAAGCGACGACGGGAACGCGAGGAAAUCUUAUCGAGGAAUUGAAAAGCGGAAAACAAAAAUUUGUCUUAAUUAAACGGGACGGAAAAACAGACCACCACCACCAUCACCACCCCCCCGCGAGAAAAUGUAAAAGCAAAUGGGAAAUUAAAAUGUGUGAUGCGAAAAUAAAAGAAAAAAUGGAAAGAAGUUUCGAAUGAAGUGUGCGCAGGAAAAUUUGCUGACAAUUUUCUAUUAAAACAAAAAAAAAAGAAAAAAACAAAAACAAAGAAAAUUUUUGUGUGACAAUAAACGAAGAGCGUGUGAGAGAAAGGUAGUUGGAGAGAGUGUGAGAGCGAGAGCAGUGAGAGUGAAAGGGAAGAAUUUCUCUCCCCUCAGGAGAAAAUUCAAUACAAAUAAAAGAAAACAAAACAAGAGAAACGCGUAACAACAACAAAAACAACAGCAAAGGCAAAAUCAGCUGUGCGUUUACCUGUGUCUUUGCAAAAGCAGCUACCUACCGACAGCGACAGAAAGAGAGAGAGAGAGAGAGAAACAGAAGUGGAUUUCCUCCAAAUAAAAUUUCACUUACCUGCGUUUUCAGAAUGCAAAUAACAAGAACUUCCAGACGUCAGCUUCUAUUUCUCAACAACAGCAGCAGCAACUAGUCAACAUACAGCAAACUAACUAACUAACUAAAACAUAUCCGUCAACUAAAUAAACAUAAAAAUACCAGAAAUUAAUUAGCAAACUAAAUUAUAAGUAAACACACACACACACACUCGCACACACAUUCAAAAUGGAUUGGAUUAUCAAUGACGAGAUGGGCCUGACAGUCGGUCAUGUUGUCGGCUGGGCCGCCGCCUCCGCCAUGGUCAUUGGUGGUGUUAUACCCUACGUUCCGCAAUAUAUCGAGAUCAAGAAGACCCAAGACGCCGAGGGCUUCUCUCUGUAUGUUUGCCUGGCCCUGCUUAUAGCCAAUUCACUGAGGAUACUUUUCUGGUUUUCCAGUCGAUAUGAGCUUCCAUUGUUGGUGCAGAGCGUUGUCAUGAAUGUCACCAUGUUCCUAAUGAUACAUCUCUGUGUGAAGGUAAAACGGGUCAAUGCAAAUAACAGGGAACAUGCACUGCGAAGCGAUGAAUUGCAUUUGCCCAAAGUCAUGACCGACACGGACAUGGGAGCCUCCGUAUCAACCGAAGCGGGUGGCAGUGCGCUAAAGCGAGCACGUUCACGGCAUUAUUUGAAUGAUCUGGAUCUCAAAUACUUUUGGAAUUGGACAGAUUUUCAAUCGUAUUUGGAUUUCAUGCUCGUCGUUUGGGCAGUGGGCGCAGCCAUAACAUAUCUGAUGCUAUCAGUGCAUUGGUUCAUGGAAUCCAUGGGCUUUGUGGCCGUCUUUACGGAGGCCAUGCUGGGAGCACCGCAAUUUCUGCGCAACUUUAAGAAUAAAUCAACAUAUGGAAUGAGCAUACACAUGGUAAUCAUGUGGACGCUCGGUGAUAUGUUUAAGACUGGUUAUUUUAUUGUUAGAAAAGCGCCAUCCCAAUUUUGGAUCUGUGGCACGCUGCAGGUCAGCUUGGACAUAGCAAUAUUAUUGCAGGUGUGGAUCUAUCGAAAUAAUUCCAAGCCGCGCGAUUUGAGACGCGGCGAUUAGCAGUUUGCCCCCGAGGAACAACAACAACAACAACAGCAACGCGAUCUGCACACAACUCAUUCCCAGGAUCAACAGGAGCAACGUCAAUUGUCACUGCCCGUGACCAUCUCAUGCAGCAGCGGAGAUGAUCAUUUGCUAACCGCUCGUGCCGAUGACGAGCACUUCAAAAUCAUUGAACCAUUUGGACUCGGAGGAGGACAAUGUCACGAUAAUCGUGCGUUUCAAUAUCAUAAUAAUAAUAAAAUUCUACGUCCCGGCGGCAGUGGCAAGAGCAUGAGCAAGAGUACAACAAAAAUGAACCAUGAUGACGGGGUGGCUGCUGCAGCGGCUGCUCUGGAAGUGGUCAUUGUCCAUUCACCAAAUUCAAUGAAUGGUCGCGGUGAAUCUCGUGUGAUUGGUGGCCAUGAAUCAUUGGAUGGCCAAGUGGUCAGCUCAUGUUGUUGUCGACGAAGGAAACGUCACAAUGCCACCCAGACGACAUGUGGAAAUCAGCAAUUAACGAAUCGUUGCUGUUGCGUGGUAACCACUCAUCAUCAUCAUCAUUGCCAUCAUCAUCAUCAUUGUCGUUGCCGUUGUCAUUGCCAUCAUCAUCAUCAGAAUCAGCAUCAGCAUCAGCAAAGUUCAUCGAAGCGGAGGGCCUUGUUGUGCCAGCAGCGACGCCAUCGACAUCAUCGCAGGCACCAACACUCGGUGGAUACCAGCGAAAAGCAGUCGCAGCAAAUGCAUCAUCAACCCAUUGCCAUAGAGAUCGAUGCGGCAACCACCACAAUGACCGAAGAGGAUGUUAGCAGUACGGCCACCUCGAAUUUCCCUUUCAAAGCGACAGCCCUUCAACAACAACAGGGUGGUGUAAGUCCAUUGAUCCUCUCGCCCAUGAGAGAGCCACGACGUUGUUCACUCAAUUCUAAUACCACCAUAGAGACGGAUGAGCUUUCACCCGACGAAGAUGCCGAGGAUGUGAAAAUUGUAACGAACGAGAGAGUUAAAAUCAAGCGCAAACGCUUUCGUGAGGAAGACUUCUGCUCCAGCUGUUCCAGUUGCAGUAAACACACCUCCACAUCGUGCAGUAGCAGCAGCAGUUUGGAUGAAGAUCUAAAUCGUAAUCACGAGCUAACCGUUGCGGCUGAAUGUCAUCAAUGUGAGGGCAAUUGCAGUUGUAGUUGCGGCGAUGAGGACGAAGAUGCCGAGUGUGAGGAGGAGGAGGAGGACACCACAGAGCAGCGGGAAAGUUUUUGCACGGCCGCCGAUCAUACGAUAUUGAGUCACGACACGGCCAUGACUCCCGAAAAUGAAGACACUUUAACGCCAUCCCAACAAAUGGACUCGACCAUGCGUAGUGACACGGCUGGCAUCGACGAUGAGGGAAAUCUAACCGAUGCCGAUGCCUCAUCGUUGAGUCAAUCUGCCGAGUAUUUCUCAAUCUCAUCAAAUAAUCCAGUAUCGUCAACAUCUCCGCUGGAAAGUCAAUUAUGACGCAGCGUUUCGCUGGUCUCGGCAUGGCCAGCCAUCGAUGUGAAUGCUUUAAUCCAGCAGACCAUACUCAAGUCGGCUGUAAUUCAAGAGACGACGCCGUUGCAUACAAAAAGAAAGGUCCUGGCCACCAACGCCAUCAGCACCAACUUGACCUCGACUCCGACCGGCACCACCAAGUCCAGUAAUAGCAGCUCAACGGCCACAUUAACUCCACUCACGAGCAGCAUUAUAACCGUGGCCAAAAACAGCAAAUAUUCUCACUCACCAUCCUCCACCUCAUCGAAUUCGUCGGCCAGUCGCCGGGCAGUUAUCACCAUUUGUGGUGGCAGUGGGACAGGUUCUUCUUGCUCCACUUCGACUACCACGAAGCUUCCACCACUUCCAAAGACGGAUCCAUUGAAGAAGCGUUCUAUGGAAAUCAUUUUAUAAGCUAAAGUUAAAAAAGAACCUCCAAAUAUUACAGUUAUACAAAAAGGGUUUAGUAUAACACACACACUCACACACAUACACUCACUCUCACACACUCACUUACAAAAUCAUGUGCAAAAUCGUAACUCGGAAAAGUAAAUGUUGUUCUAAGGGGGUUAACCCUAAAUUAAACUAUAUCUGUACAUUAUCUUCUUUAAAUAUAAUUAAUGUAGUCAUUUUU